CAAACACAAAGAAAUACACCAAUAUAUCUCACACGUUUCUUUACAAAAAUGGCUCAAAUACUUUUUUCUUCCUUGAUUUUCUCUCUCACAAUCUUUAUUGGGUUUUUUGGGACGAUAGAAUCUCGUUCUUCUGCAAGGAUGUAUCUUCAGCAACAGUGUCGAACAGCAAUAUAUCAUGAUCUAUGCGUCCAAACUCUUUUACCUUAUACAGUGAAAACCGUACCUGGCCCACAACAAUUAGCUAAGAUUUCAUUAGCAGUGUGCCUGUCGAAAGCUAGGCAGACGAAGGAGUACGUGGAUAUGGUGGCAAAACAAUUCAACAAAACGAAGAAUUAUAAAGAUAGCCAAGCUGUGCAAGAGUGUUCACGACAAAUCAAUAAUGGAGUUAACCAAAUAACGCUAUCAGUGAAGGAGUUCCAACGAAUUGGAAAGGAUGCUGAGGAAAAUUUCCCACUUCAUGAGGAUAACAUGCAAAGUUGGGUUAGUGCUGCUCUAACGGAUAUUGAUAUGUGCAUUGAUGGAAUACUUGGGGAUGUGAUCGGGGGGAGGGAGAAGGCGAUUAUGAAGGCAAAGAUCUUGAACGUGAAGCAACUCGCUAGUAAUUCGCUUGCGAUGUUGAACCGGUAUACUUUAAGACACCGUGCUUCUCAUAUCGUCAAGAAUCCCUAAAUUUGAUCAAUGCACACACCUAUAUAUAUAGACGUACACACAAAGUUAUAUAUAAAGUUAUAUUCAUAAUGUAUAAUUAGUUCAUGUUCUGCCGUUUUGUAUUAUAUGUUAUUCAAAGUGUAUAUGUAAUUGUGUAUCCUCGAUGGUAAGUGUGAAUA